GGAGCUCCGCUGUUUCUUGUGCUGUAGCUCCGGUGGCGGCGGCACCCGUGGCAGCCCUGGCGGACGCAGGAGCGAUGGCAGCGACCGAUAUAGCUCGCCAGGUGGAGAAGGCUUUUGCUGCUGGGAUUUGAAACCGUGGGUUUCUCCGCUGCUUGCACAGAGGAAGGAGGCCACAUGCUCAGGAGGAUCCACUUUAAAUGAGACCAGAUGGAGGCAGAGGCAAAUUCAGGCUCCCUAGAGGACAGUUGGGCAUUCAUCCAGAGGCCUGGUGAAGGCUGCCGAACUGUCCCCCUGGCUGGACAUGUGGGGUUUGACAGCUUGCCCGACCAGCUGGUGAAUAAGUCAGUCAGCCAGGGUUUCUGCUUCAACAUCCUGUGCGUGGGAGAGACAGGGUUGGGCAAGUCGACCCUCAUGGACACCCUGUUCAACACCAAGUUUGAGGGGGAGCCAGCCACCCACACGCAGCCGGGUGUCCAGCUCCGGUCCAACACCUAUGACCUCCAAGAGAGCAACGUGGGGCUCAAGCUCACAAUUGUGAGCACAGUGGGCUUUGGGGACCAGAUCAACAAGGAAGACAGCUACAAGCCUAUCGUGGAAUUCAUCGACGCCCAGUUCGAGGCCUACCUGCAGGAAGAGCUGAAGAUCCGCAGGGUCCUGCACGCCUACCAUGACUCCCGAAUCCACGCCUGCUUGUACUUCAUCGCCCCCACGGGUCAUUCCCUGAAGUCUCUGGACCUCGUGACGAUGAAGAAGCUGGACAGUAAGGUGAACAUCAUCCCCAUCAUUGCCAAAUCAGAUGCCAUUUCUAAGAGUGAGCUAACGAAGUUCAAAAUCAAAAUCACCAGUGAACUUGUCAGCAACGGGGUUCAGAUCUACCAGUUCCCGACAGAUGACGAGUCCGUGGCAGAGAUCAAUGGAACCAUGAAUGCGCACCUGCCGUUUGCUGUCAUCGGCAGCACAGAAGAACUCAAGAUAGGCAACAAGAUGAUGAAGGCACGGCAGUAUCCUUGGGGCACGGUGCAAGUUGAGAACGAGGCCCACUGCGACUUUGUGAAGCUGCGGGAGAUGCUGAUUCGGGUGAACAUGGAGGACCUCCGGGAGCAGACCCACAGCCGGCACUACGAGCUGUACCGCCGCUGCAAGCUGGAGGAGAUGGGCUUCCAGGACACCGACCCCGACAGCAAGCCCUUCAGCUUACAGGAGACGUAUGAGGCCAAAAGGAACGAGUUCCUAGGGGAGCUCCAGAAGAAAGAGGAAGAGAUGAGACAGAUGUUCGUCCAGAGAGUCAAAGAGAAGGAAGCUGAACUUAAAGAGGCGGAGAAAGAGCUGCAUGAGAAGUUUGACCGGCUGAAGAAGCUACACCAGGACGAGAAGAAGAAACUGGAGGAUAAGAAGAAAUCUCUGGACGAUGAAGUGAAUGCCUUCAAACAGAGAAAGACGGCGGCUGAGCUGCUCCAGUCGCAGGGCUCCCAGGCCGGAGGCUCCCAGACGCUGAAAAGGGACAAAGAGAAGAAAAACUCUUACUGUUUUACAGUUAACUCUGCUGUUUGCUGCAUGCUGCAUGAGACCCAGGGUCCUGUUUGGGCUUCCUGUAGACGCCCUUUUCCUGCGCAACAGAGCUGGGCCUCCCUUUCUCUAACUCCCCCUUAACACGUCCGGGGGAGCACGCCACCUGUGCCCUCCCCUCUCUUCCUGCCAAAGUUUAUAGAAGCCCGGGAGUCUGAGGAUGGUGUCUGGCCUCUGGUCGAGAAGCCAGCGGUCGCCGUGGUUCGGAGAUGCCUGGCGCAUCCCAGCCCCCCUCCUGGCGCCUCCCCCGCCGGCCUCUCCCCGGCCAUCUUUGCCACACUGUGACACGUUCCAUGGUCCCAUCUGCCCUUCCCCACCACCAGCUUCCCUGCUCGUGACUGCUGCUUGUUCCCCUGAAGUAUUUGCGUCCACCGUGGAUGGGUCAGAGCCAGUCAGCACGGCUCUCCCCCUUGGUCCCCAGGCACCGGGCCACGGCCCCUUCUGAGAGGGCUCCAGUAGGAGGUCCUCUGGUGCCUUUUCCCUCUGGCCUCCGAGCCCAGCCCUUUCCAGUUUUGAGUUGCUCCGAGUAGGUGCACUCAAGUGGUGUUAAAAAUCCAGAACGCGUUUAGUUAUGCCGAGGCCUUUCCAGAAAACUCGACUGCUGAAGAACAUAGCAUAGAUUUCUCCUCUCUAUAAUGCCGGGUACCCCACAAAUGCAGAAGGGAGAAUAAACCUGAAUAUUCUCACCAGCCUAGUGUCUUCAAUGAUAGACUUCUGGAAUUCUUCUGAGGUGUCUCAGUAUCUUUGUAAUCUCCCUUAGGGCUCCACACCACCCCAAUCAGGCAGAGCCAGUAGCAGGCCCACGUUGGAAACUGCCAAACCGAGCGGUCAAAAAAAGCAAUGUCUUUCAGUUUUGCACUGAUGGGUCUUCCCGUCUAUUUAGCGCAUGUCAGGAGUUUUAAUCCGUAUUUUGCAUGUGUCCCCCCCCCCCUCCCCCCGCCCCCAUAAGAAGAGGUGAGACAAUCGGUUGGGGAGGCAAACACCAGGUGUUGUGCUUUGGAAGGUCCCAAACCUUAUCUCCAGUCUAAAACUGUUCCAGCCCCAAUUUUUAUCACGGGCCCACCUGAUAGUGACUUUGGGAACCCGUGUGAGGUAAAGAGCCCUCCAACGUCUGGGCCACGAGGUACAGUGUGGCCUUUGGUGUUUGGCCAGCGAGAGCGAGAGCGAGCGAGCGAGCGAGCUGAAGGUCACCUGGCAAUGAUGUGUGGCUAACACGCCGUUUCUCUGCCCUUCCUUUGCAGUAAUCCAUGGCUGUGCACUGAAUAGUAUCCCCUGCUACAGCUGGACUGGACUCCAUUUAGCCUUUUAAAGCCAAGGCUCCUAUUUUAACUGGCAGCUUUCCUUUGGGGUGCCAGGCAGCAUCCCCCACCCCUGCCGUGUACUUCACUUUGAGCCCCAUUUCUUCUUCUUUUGAGUUCUGCCUCCGAGUCCACUGGCACUGAUCAUGACCUUCUUUUGUAUAUCUUUUUUUUUUUUUUUUUUGAGGUUUUUUUUUUUUUUUUUUUUCCUUAUCGCCUUUUUUUUUCCUCCUUCUUCAAAAACACACAGUUAAACCAGGCCAUGCCAAAUUUUCCGGGCUUUUUGCAGGGUUGAGAAUGGGGAGGGGGUUUCCUCUCUUCCAUGGUAGGAAGCGAAAAGUAGAAAAAACACACACACACACACACACACACACACACACACACACAC